AUGGAUGUUCAGGACGUAAUUCCUCUUCCCAACAAGUUAGAAUGGAAUGGUUCGCCAGCAGCAGUAUCUAUGGCCGUAAGGGCUGGCAACUUCCUUGAUCCUCCGGAAGCACAGGGUUACUCAUCCAUACUUUUCUUAACUGUUAAUGCAGAACAUAUGCUGUUCCUAGGCUCUGAUAAAUUUCCCAUGGAAAAUGCUCUUGAUAACUACUUAAAUAUGCAUGGAGGCGACUCAGUUGCAGCCACAGAUGAUGAUCAUACUAUAUUCUUCCUCUUUGCUGAGUCAAAACUACUUAAACAUGUUCUGGAUAUGUUCGCUCGGCCUUUUAUUGCACCUCUCAUGAAACCUGACUCUAUGAACCGAGAGAUCAAAUCCAUUGAUUCAGAAUUUGAAAUUCUGAAGCAAAGCGAUACUCAUCGUCUCUACCAGUUAAGACGUCACACAUCUAAAAAUGAUCAUGCAUAUAAUAGAUUCACAGCUGGUACGCAAUAA